AUGGCCAGUAACAACUGGAAUCAAAAUGACAAUAGGUUCAACUUUCGGCCACAAUCGGGAAAUAAUCGUAAUACCUCAUUCUCAAGAGAAUCUAAUGGAGAUAGAAGAUCAUAUAAUUAUUCUUCCGCCGACAAUUACAAUUACUCUGGAGGAUGGCUCGGGCAAUAUUCUCGAAAUUCAAACUAUGAUGAAUACGACUAUGUAGGUAAUCGCUCUUCAUCAUCGCAGCCGAAAGCUAAUGAUGAUGAGACGUCAAUGUAUGCUAUUAAUCUCCAGUUGAAACCCGUGGAAAUGGGUAUUGUAGGAAAAUAUAAGUCAUGGCAACAGGAAUUCAAAGGCUUAGGUGCAUUUAAUCAUUAUUUUGGCUUAUUAUAUCCAUUUAAAGGUGUCGGCUAUACACUUCCUGAUAUUUGGGAUGGUUAUUUUCACAUAACACUUGCCAGAUUCUAUAGUUCUCUUGCACCUCAUCAACUAGAUGAGAUUUUCAGCAAGUUUUCUCCUUCUAUUGAAGACCUACCUUACAUCCCUGAUGUUGUGUUUCGAGCAUCAAGUAUUAGUACCAGUUCAGGUGCAAAUCGUGCCAUAGGCCGAAAAGCUAUCAACUUCGUCGUACUUCCUAUUGAUCUGUCUCCUGAAAUAGAAUCAUUUUAUGAUAAAAUUCAACCAUUACUAAAAAGUAUUAUAGAACAAGCAAAGGCAAUUAAACCAAAUGUAACAAAAAAAGACGAACUUCAUUUAACUAUACGCAAAUAUUCGAACGUUAGUUUUAAGUUAGAAAAUAUUAAUAUACAACAAUUUCCACUUGAAUUUCGAUGUUCUCAUCUCGAAGUCAAACAGACGCGUGAACAGGCAGUAGAUCGAUCCACAAAUGCGAAAAACAGUACUUAUAGAUGGUGGACUGGUGCGACUGAAAACAAAGGAAAAUGCUCAAGUUGCUCUACACCUAUAAAAUCUGGCAGGUGGGAAGGUUUUUGUCUUGCAUGUGGAAAAUAUGAGUCAAUUAUUCCAUUUUGGUCAACAGAUGGCAAAAAUAUAAAUCACUUAUUAUAUGAUGGCAUAAAACAACAAGAAUGUGUUAAUGAAUCAAAGACCAUGAAUAUGAUGAAAAAAAGUGGUUAUGAAGAAGGACAAGGUUUAGGUAAUCAUAAUCAAGGACGAUCAACACCCGUGGAGACAAUUCUACAUGAUGAUCAUCUUGGUUUAAAUCAUCAUUUCAGAAUACUAUCUGUUGAACCUGAUUCAGGUAUCAAACUACCUCCAGGUUGGACAAAAGAAUGGAGUAAAAAAGAAGAACGACACUAUUAUUUUAAUAUAAAUACACGUGAAUCUCGUUGGGAACCACCAAAUUAA